GCUUUUAGCUGCCCGCUACACGAUGGCAGGCUUUUUGUCGAUGCUCAAGCAAUCGACGCUUGUACACCUUUGCUUUGCAAUUUCAUUUUUCACGUCCGGAUUGAUCAUCAACACCGUACAGUGCGUCCUCUAUCUUGGGCUGAAACCGUUCAACAAGCAUCUUUACCGAACGAUCGGUUACUAUCUAUGUUAUUCGUUCUACUCCCAGCUCGUUUUUCUGGCCGACUGGUGGUCGGACACGAAGCUGAACGUUUACAUUAGCGAUGAGGACAUGAAGUACUGCGGUUCCGAGCACGUUCUGCUCCUAAUGAACCACACGUACGAGAUCGACUGGCUGCUCGGGUGGAUGUUCUGCGAGAAGGUGCGCGUACUCGGCAACUGUAAGGCUUACGCUAAGAAAGUCAUCCAAUACAUCCCGACCAUCGGUUGGGCGUGGAAGUUUGCCGAGUUUGUGUUUCUCGAGCGCUCGUUCGAGAAGGAUCGUGAAACUAUUGGUCGCCAGAUUACCGAAAUACUGGACUAUCCGGAUCCGGUGUGGUUGCUGCUGAAUGCGGAAGGUACGCGUUUUACCGAGCAGAAGCAUGAGGCGUCGGUCAAGUUCGCGCAGGAGAAGGGUAUGGUACCGCUGAAGCAUCAUUUGAUACCGCGUACGAAAGGUUUUACGGCCAGUUUGCCUUUCCUGCGGGAGAAGUGCCCGGCGGUGUUGGACAUUCAGUUGGCGAUUAGCAAAGAUUCGAAGGUAAAACCAACCAUUUUCAACAUCCUGAACGGUAAGCAAAUCGAGGCGCAUAUGUGUGUAAGACGCUUCCCCAUCGCUAUGAUACCGACGAACGAGGCAGAAGCGGCCGACUGGGUGCAGGACCUGUUCCGCGACAAGGACCGGAUGCAGGAUAGCUUCCAUCGUACGGGCAAUUUCUUUACCGAUUCCGAUGUCGCCGAACGUCCCAAGUUGCAGCUACACCGUCGACCAACGACACUGAUCAAUACCGCGUUCUGGGUUGUCGCUACCCUGACGCCGAUGAUGUACUAUCUGAUGAAGUUGCUGUUCAGUGGCGAAAUUUUGUACUUUUCGAUCGGUGCAGGCAUCAUCUUUGCCUUUUACAUGCUAAUGGUGAAAGCGAUCGGUAUGUCGAAGAUCAGCAAAGCCUCAUCGUACGGCGCGGAAAAGCUAAAGAACGGCCACAGUCCCUCCCAUGAACCAUCGGCACCGGAAGCUGCUACCGAAACGGCGAAGGACAAGUAA